UCACCGUUGCAUUGCUCUCUCGCUCGCAGGUCAGGGAUGAAACGAAGCAGCGAAUGCGCCGUUUCGCCGCUGCUCUCGAAGCCCUCAGGCAAGGCCCCGCGGCGUCAGAGGGGUUCGCCCGCCGCGGCGGGGCGCGCCAAGUCGGCGGCUUCGAAGGGGAAUGCCGGGACAAAGCGAGGCGGUAUCAGGAUUUCAUCAAAAGCUUCGGAACCCGAGCCCCAGCAUUCGCCUUCUGCUCCAUCGUUUUCGGUGUCUGAGGAAAUGAUGGCGGUGGCGGAGUGGAUGGAUUGGCAGGUGGAACUCGGCGAUCUCUGGCGGUCUCUGUAUUGGGUGGAGGAGGAGAAACUCUCCGGGUGGUUUCCGUUCGUCGACGAGGAUUUCCUCUGCUCGGACGCGAGGGGCGGAGAGGGAUCGAGCGGCCUGUUCUGGGAAGAGGCCGACCACGAUAUCUGGCAGCUGCAUCACAUCCACGAAAUCCCGCAGACGGCAUCGAAAUGAUGCUGACGGAAAAGACUGACAAUUUUCAGAACAACAGUGUGCAUCAGAUCAACAAACAAUCGAGUGUCAAAUAGGAAGAACUAGGUUAUCGUAGCAUCCAAAAAAGUUGCAUUUUGUUGGUGUUCUGCUUUGAAGUUCGUAUGUAUAAAUUGCU